GUAACAGGAGCCACGAGGCUGCCUGUUGGGAGGGGAGCUAGAGGAACCACACACCACAAAAAACGCGGGGACAAAGACACCCAUCCCUCCACGCCAUGAGGGAUGCGACUGUCCAUUAUUUUCAUCGCACGUGCAUCUUGCAGGAGCAUCAGCAGGAAUACCGGAAAACCCCAGACAUUUCUUUCGUACGUCGCGGCAGCUUCCCCGUCCCCCGUGGGCUGUGGCGGGCGCGGGGCCGAGGGCGAGGGGCUCCACGGCCGAGCGCUGCCCCGGGCCGAGCGCUGCCCCGGGCCGAGCGCCGCCGGCGGGGCGGGACGGGGCCGGGCCGCCGGCGCUGCCGCCCGGAAGGACGCGGCGCUCGCCUGCCCCGUGACCGCGGCCCCGCCGGAGCCGCCUGAGCCGGGCCCGCGGUGCAGUCGCCAUGGCGGGGGACAGCCCCAGCGCGCUCCCGGUGCAGCUGGUGGAGCAGCCCAGAUUGCAGAAACUGAAGGAGAUGUUUAUAUCAAAGUUUGGAUCAGCUCCCAAGUUUUAUGCUCGUGCACCAGGACGAGUCAACUUAAUAGGAGAACACAUAGACUACUGUGGUUACGCUGUGCUCCCCAUGGCUAUAGAACAAGAUAUCCUGAUUGCAGUAGAACCUGUACAAACUCAAGUUGUGCAACUGGCAAAUACCAAUUCUUCAUACUUGAACAUUUUGGUCUCAAUAACCCAACUGGAAUGAAUUGUCUGCUAGAUGGAACCAUCCCUCCAAGUUCUGGUCUCUCUAGCUCCAGUGCUUUGGUGUGCUGUGCAGGACUCGUGACACUCAGAGCUAAUGGAAAAACCCUCUCUAAGGUGGAACUCGCAGAAAUUUGCACAAAGAGCGAACGUUACAUUGGCACAGAAGGUGGAGGAAUGGACCAGUCAAUCUCUUUUCUGGCAGAAGAAGGAACUGCCAAGUUGAUAGAGUUCAGUCCACUGAGGGCAACUGAUGUUAGACUUCCAAGUGGAGCAACGUUUGUUAUUGCUAACAGUUGUGUUGAAAUGAAUAAAGCAGCAACUUCUCAUUACAAUAUUAGGGUAAUGGAGUGUCGGCUGGCUACAAAGCUUCUCUCAAAAUCAAAAGGCUUGGAGUGGAGAAAAAUGUUGAGACUCCAUGAUGUGCAAACCAAGCUAGGAGUUAGCCUAGAGGAAAUGCUGACCAUUGUCGAGGAGGUAUUACAUCCUGAGCCUUACAGCGCAGAGGAAAUUUGUAAAUGCCUGGGAAUUAGCCUGGAGGAGCUCCACUCUCAGAUCCUUAGUCAAAACAUGCAAGAUGUUUCCACCUUUAAGUUAUACCAGCGUGCAAAGCACGUGUACAGUGAGGCUGCCAGAGUGCUGGAAUUUCAGAAGAUUUGCAGCGAAGCACCUGCCAACGCACUCCAGCUGCUGGGAGAAUUAAUGAAGCAGAGCCAUAUCAGCUGCAGGGAGAUGUAUGAGUGCAGCUGUCCUGAACUGGACCGCCUGGUCGACAUCUGCCUGCAAUUUGGGGCCAUUGGGUCACGUCUGACUGGAGCUGGAUGGGGUGGCUGCACUGUGUCAAUGGUGCCUACUGACAAGCUGAACACUUUCCUAAAAAAUGUAAGAAAAGCUUAUUACCAAAUGGAUGGCCAAAGGUUAGCAGUGGAGAAUAACAGUCUGUUUGCUACCAAACCUGGAAGAGGAGCUUUGGUUUUUGUUGAGGCCUAAAGAACGUAAAAAUUUUAAAGAAACUAUGUAGAGCAUGUAGAACUGGCAGUACUUCCCAUGCCACAGUACAUGAAUGCUUUUUCUGGUUUGUAUUGUAAUGAGCAGUUGCUACUAUCAAAAUGUAUUUCUGAAGAAGCAAUUAAAUGAAUACUCUUUGAUUAUAAAAGUAUUUUUCCCCCAUAUUAAAUAUAUAUUUCAGUAUAAAUACUGAUUUACUAAAACCUAUUGACAGGGAAAACUGAAAUUGAAAUAAAGAUGAUUUGUUA